AUUUUGUUUUUCAUGGAAAACAAGAGAAAUCGAAAUGUCAAACUCGCAGUCGGAGUCGAGCGUUUUCAGCGUUCGAAUUGUGUCCAUCGAUCAUUACAUGGCACCGCCGAUCCCCGACUUCGAUAUUUGCUACAGUAGCUUUCAAGGUGGAAAAGUUGAUGAAGUUCCAGUUAUAAGAGUUUAUGGUUCGACACCGGCUGGUCAGAAGACUUGUUUGCAUAUUCAUAGAGCUUUGCCUUAUUUAUAUGCUCCAUUGGCGGAUCUGUUACCUGAUAGCACUCCUACACACCUGGAAGAUGAUGCAUGCACACAUGCCUUAGCUCUUACCUUAGAAAAAGCCUUGAAGCUGAAAGGUGCUGCUGGUUCAAAACAGCAACAUGUCCAUGGUUGCACCCUUGUACGAGCAAAGAAAUUUUAUGGUUAUCAUUCAUCUGAAGAGCUAUUUGUGAAGAUUCACUUCUACCAUCCUCACGAUGUCUCUCGUGCUGCCAAUCUUCUUUUGGCAGGUUCCUUAUUGGAUAAAAUCUUACAGCCUCAUGAAUCGCACAUUCCAUUUAUUCUCCAGUUUCUUGUAAGUACUUUUAUGUGGAUGUUCACGCAGAAUCUAGAGGAGAUCCACGACCUGAUCCUCGAUUUGAUGCCGUCAAUGUCAUAG